UCGAGACUAGUCGCCCAUGUUUUUGCUCGAUUUUCGUAUUUCCGGCCCGCUGCGCGUGUUCCGAGGGCCGGAUGAAACGAUGGCGGUAGGUGGUAGUGACAUUCGCGCCGUAGAUGUGGAAGAGGAUGCAUCUCAGCUUGUUUUUCCCAAGGAAUUUGAAACUGCUGAAACUCUUUUAAAUUCAGAAGUGCACAUGCUUCUGGAACAUCGGAAACAGCAGAAUGAGAGUGUGGAAGACGAACAAGAACUUUCUGAACUAUUUAUGAAAACUUUGAAUUAUACAGGUCGCUUCAGCCGCUUUAAAAACCGGGAGACAAUUGCUAGUGUCCGCAGCUUAUUGCUCCAGAAGAAACUCCAUAAAUUUGAACUAGCAUGUUUAGCUAAUCUGGGUCCUGAAACAGCUGAAGAAGCCAAAGCUUUAAUUCCCAGCUUAGAGGGUCGGUUUGAAGAUGAAGAGUUGCAGCAAAUUCUUGAUGACAUUCAGACCAAACGAAGCUUUCAAUAUUAACAUGAAUUGCCAGAUUCUUCUGAACUGUGUGGGGUUGGGAGGGGAAUUGAGGAUCUCAUUCUUGUUUCUUUGUACUCUUUUUGGGGCCAACACCUAUUAAUAUUAAUAUAGUAUUUUGUAUUCUGGCCAAGUUACAUUUCCCAGUUUUAUGAACUUUUUAAUGAUGAAGAAUUUAAACAGUUGAAUGGCAUGAAUUGCAGAACUUAGGAAGGUUUUACCUGAUUGGAAGUGAAUAUUAAACAUAACUUCAUCUUAGGAGUGCAAAUAAUAUUUUUGGGUCCAGUAAUACUAAUUUGAAAAUGUCAUGUGUAAAGUAGGAUAAAUAUUACUAUAUUUAAUUUGAAUUACUGUUUGAGAAUUGUAGCAGUACAGUAGAAUUAAAAUAAACCUGUGGGGUUUUAUUGUGCUGGUUCGUUAGACUCCGCUUUCUCCUUCAGAAAUAAUUGCAAAUUAAAGUAAGAUAUUUUUAACUAA